AUGUUUGGUGGUAAAAGUUACAUACUCAGAGGGAGUGUAUCACUUGCCUUGAUUAUCCUCAUUCUCUUGAUGAUAAUACUCCUGGCUUCCGAGGAAAACCCGCUUCGUACUUCUUUGUUCGAAGUAANACGUCAAUUUUCAGCUUNUUCUUCAGUUUGUAACUUUGCAAAGGGGAAAUGGGUUGAAGACCGGAAGCGACNGUUGUAUUCUGGUUUUGAAUGUAAACAGUGGUUAUCAACCAUGUGGUCCUGUAGAAUAAUGGGCAGACCCGAUUUCUCGUUUGAGGGUUACCGGUGGCAACCAGAAGAUUCUUUCGCUGUGAAAUAUAGUCAAGUUUCUGCCUCUCCUUGGUUNACUGGGAAUUUCAAGCACCCUACAAGUGAUUUUCGAUGGAGCAAGUUGUUAAACGUUUCUCAGAUUGCUUACUGCAGCUUUGUUUUUAUUAUUAGAAUGNAGAACAAGACGAUAGCAUUUAUAGGAGACUCNUUGGGACGGCAGCAGUUUCAAUCCUUGAUGUGUAUGGCCACUGGUGGUGAAGAGAGCCCAGAGGUUCAAAACGUGGGAUGGGAGUACGGUCUUGUUAAACCCAAAGGCGCUCUCCGUCCUGAUGGUUGGGCUUAUCGGUUCCCAACCACAAACACAACGAUCUUGUAUUAUUGGUCAGCNAGUUUAUCAGAUUUGGUACCGAUGAACAACACAGAUCCACCUAGUAUNACUGCAAUGCAUCUGGACCGUCCACNAGCAUUCAUGAGAAACUACCUUNACCGUUUCGAUGUGUUGGUUCUAAACACCNGUCAUCAUUGGAACAGAGGUAAGAUCGAAGGGAAUCAUUGGGUNAUGCACGUAAAUGGAACACGGGUCGAAGGGGAAUAUCUCAAGGAUAUCAGAAACNCUAAGGAUUUUACAAUACACAGUGUUGUGAAGUGGCUUGACGCACAGCUUCCAUUUCAUCNGCGGUUGAAAGCUUUNUUUAGAACGAUUUCUCCGAGGCAUUUUAAAAACGGAGAUUGGAAUACCGGUGGAAACUGUAACAACACGGUCCCAUUGUCUAGAGGAAGCGAAAUCACAGGCGAUGAUGGAUCGAUUGACAAAACAGUAGAGAGUGCUGUGAAUGGGACGAGGAUCAAGAUUCUUGACAUAACUGCACUUUCUGAGCUAAGAGAUGAAGCUCAUAUCUCAGGGUCUAAACUCAAACCCAGAAAACCGAAAAAGGCGAGUAAUGUGACUUCGACUCCAACUCCAACGGUCAAUGACUGCUUGCAUUGGUGCUUACCCGGGAUCCCAGAUACAUGGAAUGAACUUUUCAUUGCUCAGAUUUGA